AUGCCUCAAGAUCUUCUCGACCUGCCACCGGAGGUCUUCCAGCGUGUUGUCCAUGAGCUUGUUUCCGAUGUCGGAGUCGUCGAAGCCUGGAAAUUGCGUGGCGUCUGCCGUACCUUCGCAGCCGAAAUACAUCAUGAUAUCUUCGCUCACCAACCCAAAGAAAUACUCUUGGCGUCUAUGGAUACGUCCGAACACAUGAAGAUCUUCCAGAACAAUCUUACUGUGUAUCUGCGCAACCGAUUGAAUAAGCGUCUUGAUGCCAACGGCAUGCUUGUGUCUAAAAUCCAAGAACUAUGGGAUUACCCGACGGAGACACUGCACAUUCAAGAUUUCCAAAAGCGUCAAGAAUGCGCAGCGCGACUCAUCGAAGGCAUUGUAUCUGAUCCCGAUCCGCUGUAUUGGAUGGCUUUCAUAUGGGACGAACAGCUUUGGCCUCACAGGCACAACCAUGCGGAUGCAUAUAUGGUUCCCGCGACGGCUGCCGACAAACUCAUUGCAGUCGUAGCAGUAGGAGAACAUGAUCUCAUUCCAGGGCUCUUCGAACUUCCCGAGAAUGGAGAUUAUACGAUGUUUAGCCGUCCAUUGGUCAUUGCAACCGGGAAUAGGGACACCGAGAUGGUCCGGACCCUCAUCAGUUGCUACAAGAAGCUCCAUCCUAAGAACAACACGCACCCAGAUAUAGUCGAUGCCAUCGACUCAGCCAUCCAAAUUGGCAACGUAGACGCGCUUGAGCUCCUCAUUCAAACCUGCAGAUCAUGGGGCCACUGUUACUAUUCCGAGAAGAGGGCUUACCGAGGUUGGAUGCAAUGUUCCAUUAUUCACGAUUCUGUGGCAUCGCUGGAUACUGUCAUCGAGAACAGAGGUGGCCGCAAGGGGAUGCUGACGCAGGAGGUUGUCAAGUUAAUUUGUCGCUCUGGAAAGGACACGAUGAUCAAUCAUUACAUCGAGAAGGGCCUACUGGAUGUGAACAAGGUAUACAGUCACACAUCGCCUCUUAUUAUCGCGACGCACGCUGGCAACGUUAGAACUAUGGCCACUUUGAUCUCUGCAGGCGCCGACGUUGAUAAGGCUACCAGCGACGGAACAACUCCACUCUUCAUCGCUUCAAAGAAGCACAGGAAGGGUGCAAUGAACUAUCUGCUGGAUAACGGCGCAAAUACCGACACGGACAAUUGGCCAGAGUGUCCAAAAGACGCUGCUAGAAAUUUUCUCCGACAAAAAUUGUCGUUAUGA